AUGGCUGACAGCAGACCUGCCGGGAGAGAGCGCCGGGGAAGCAUGUUUGACAAGACGUUGUUUAAGGAGAUCCUAUCAGACCGCCUGAAAGAUUCUGUUGCGGAGGUCACACACGCAGAUGGAGAAGAUGGCGAGGACGUGUCGAUAGAGAAAGGAAUGUCUUCGGUUUGGAAAGCAAGUUUAGGAAAAGCGAAGAUUUCCAACACAUACAGACUGGAGCCUUUGAAGAAAUUUACUCCCUGUAUUUUACAAAGGAAAGCAGAAAAGCUGUUAACGGAUAAACUUAACGAUAUAAAAUACAACGCAGACCAGUGUCGAGUAUUAAGCGACCAGAUAGCUAACCUUCUGCUGGCCUAUGCAAAAGGACUGGGGUAUGAUCGGUAUAAAUACGUGGUCAGAGUCAUGGUUGUUGAAAAGAACAGCCAGACCGUGAAGCUUGCCAGCCGGGCACUGUGGGACGCUGAAAAGGACAACUGGGUUUCAGCUAACUUUGAAAACAGUGCAAUGUUUGCGGUUGCUCUUGUAUUUGCUUUGUAUUCUGAAUAA